UAAAUGCCGCAGAUCUUUCUUUACCUUGCGUGUACUUGAUUUUUGUGUAGGCGUAUAUUGUGUAUGAGGAAAUGCUUGUUUGAGUUGAUGGGCCUUCUUUUCUUUUUGAUUCUUUGACGGGUUCAUGGUUGUUUUGAGGCGGCGAUUAGUUUUCUGCUGAGGGUGGGAUGCCUUUGUUUUGAAGGCAAUCGCGUGUACUUUUUGUUCUUCAUAUUUUCUUUUUGGGAUUUGUUUGUGUAAUUCCAGGCUUUCAAGGAAGGGGGUUUUGACUUUGAAGCUAAAAGGGUUUGUUGCUGGAGUUCGGGUUGGUUGUCGUCAGAGUUAGGUUGAUUUUUGGUGGUAUGAAAUUUGGUUUGGUGGUUCUUUCUGGUAUUGGUUUUUGAUAUAGUUUUUUUUCCAGGUGAUUUUGGUUCUGAUGAUAUGAGAUUAAAGGUUUUGAUGACACUCCAUCCUUUGUGUGUAUUUGAGGGUUUGAAGCUUCAAGGGCCUCUGAUUUCGGUUAUGCUGAGAAUUGGAUCUUCUCCGAGUUGUUGGUUAACUGGGUAAAGGGUUUUCAAGUUCCAAUGGGAAUAGAAGUUGUUCUGUAGCAGUUUCCUGUUGAUGGAUUUGAGGGCAGUGGGUGUGUGGAGAUUUGAUAAAUAUUGGGGAUUUCUUGAGGAAAAUCUCAGUUCGCUGCCUUCUUCUCACCUGGAGAAGAAGGAAGAUAGUGUGGCAUCAUUUGUGCUUGCAAGGUAUUUUAGGGCUUGAGUAUGGAGGAAGAGUCUAGUUCUUGGAUUAGGAGAACAAAAUUUUCUCACACUAUCUAUCAUCGAUUUGACUCAGCAAGGUUGCCUUCAAUUCCUAUCACCAUUCAACCAAACCGGAACAAAGGUCUGAAAUCUAGACCUACGGUUACACAAAUUCAGCGGAAUCCUGCUACAAACAAGCAGAGGUCUGUAUCACCUCUCCCUGAAACUACACUAUCUGAUGCAUUUAAGGAAGCUCGAUCUGACCGGAAGAGAUUCUCCACUCCACAUCCUCAGAGAAAAGAACCUGACAAGCAGAUUACCGGCAAGUUGUCCCACAGGGAUUCCCGACAAAUCUGGUCACAUGAUUCAAAGAAAUCAAGCACCAGCCCACUCAGGCCUUUUUCUUCCAUGAAAGUGCAUGAUAAAACAAAAGGCAGGAAGGAUUCGACAUGGAGCAAGUAUUUUGAUCAUGCAGGUGGAAGAGUUACUUCUGUGGAAAUGGCAGAUGAAUGGAUGGUGGAUCUCUCUAAGCUAUUUCUUGGGCUUCGAUUUGCUCAUGGUGCACAUAGUCAGCUUUACCAUGGCAUAUAUAAAGACGAACCGGUUGCAGUGAAAAUUAUCAGGGCACCAGAUGAUGACGAAACUGGAGAUCUGGCAGUUAGGUUAGAGAAGCAAUUUACUAGAGAAGUCACUCUUUUGUCUCAGCUCCAUCAUCAAAAUGUCAUAAAGUUUGUAGCAGCAUGCAGAAAGCCACCUGUUUUCUGUAUCAUCACAGAGUAUCUCUCAGAGGGUUCCUUGAGGGCAUAUCUUCACAAGCUUGAGCAUAAAUCUCUUCCCUUAGAGAAAUUAAUUCCAGUUGCUUUAGAUAUUGCACGAGGAAUGGACUACAUUCACUCACAAAGAGUAAUUCAUAGGGACCUCAAACCUGAGAAUAUCCUCAUUAAUGAAGAUUUCCACAUGAAAAUUGCUGAUUUUGGAAUAGGUUGUGAGGAGGCAUACUGUGAUCUUUUGGCAGAUGACCCUGGGACAUACCGUUGGAUGGCACCUGAAAUGAUUAAACGUAAAUCAUAUGGCCGGAAGGUUGAUGUGUACAGCUUUGGACUCAUUCUGUGGGAAAUGGUAACUGGAACUAUUCCUUAUGAGGACAUGACACCAAUUCAAGCAGCUUUUGCUGUAGUAAAUAAGAAUUUGAGGCCAGCUAUACCUGAUGGCUGUCCGCCUGCCAUGAAAGCCUUAAUUGAGCAAUGUUGGUCUUUGCAUCCGGAGAAGAGGCCAGAGUUUUGGCAAGUCGUGAAGGUAUUAGAGCAUUUUGAGUACUCACUUGCCCAUGAUGGAAUACUCAAGCUGCCACAAAACCCCACUAGUGAAGAUCAUAAGAAGGGUCUUUUUCAUUGGAUACAAAAGCAUGGUCCUGUCCAUACUAACAGUUUACCAACGCCCAAGCCUAAGUUCUCUUGACUUUCUUAUGAUUUAGUUUCGUAGUUCCACCGGUUCAGCCUGUAAUUAAAAUGAUUUCUUUUUGUCCCCAUCCUUUUCUAUUGUUUCCUACAGUUUUACUUUCAUGCAAGCAUGAAUGCAGAUAUUGUGGGCAUGCAUUGAUGUGAGGUUAUUUUCUUUCACUCACAUUUUUGUGAACUACAGAUAACAUGGUUGGAUUUCAAUGGAGCUGCAGAACUUUCUUAA